AAGACGCUCAUCCUCGGCGUCCUCUUCGCGGGCUGGUACGCGUGCAACAUCGUGUUCAACAUCUGCAACAAGCAAGUGUUGGGCGCGUACCCGUUCCCGCUCACGUCGACGCUGUGGCAGUUCGCCGCCGGCGUCGCCUUCACGGCGUUGUUGCAAAUGACGGGUAUACACAGGAUAAACAAAGAUGCGCUGACGAUGGAGUCCCUGAGGGCGAUCGCACCGCUCGCGAUCGUGCACACGCUGGGGAACGUCCUGACCAACGUGAGCCUCGGAAAAGUAGCCGUCUCGUUCACGCACACGAUCAAAGCGAUGGAGCCGUUCUUCAGCGUGCUCUUAUCGUCGCUGUUUUUGGGGGACGUUCCCUCCGCCGCGGUGAUCGCGACGUUGGUGCCGAUCGUCGGCGGCGUCGCCGCGGCGUCCGUCACGGAGGCGUCGUUCAACUGGCCCGGGUUCCUCGCCGCGAUGGGAAGCAACGUCACGUUUCAAUCCAGAAACGUCCUCUCCAAGAAGCUGAUCGGCGGCGACGGGUGCUCGCAGGCGUGCCCGGCGAUACCGAUGGACAACAUCGACCUGUUCUCGAUCAUCACCAUCAUGAGCCUCGCGCUGACGUUACCCGCCGCCGUCGUUCUGGAAGGUGUCCGGUUCACACCCGGAGCCAUCGCCGCCUACGCCGCCUCCGCCGGCGCCGCCUUUUCGCCGGCGGUGAUAUUCCAGAAGGCGAUGAUCGCGGGGGCUUGUUUCCACAUGUACCAGCAGAUCUCGUACAUGAUCUUAGCGCGCGUCUCGCCGGUGACGCACAGCGUGGGGAACUGCGUGAAGAGGGUGGUUGUGAUUUCGUUCUCCGUGUUGUUCUUCAAAAACGCGGUUUCGCCGGUGAACGCCGUCGGAACCGCCGCGGCGUUGGGCGGGGUGUACGCGUACACGCGGGUGAAGCGGGCGGAGCGGGACGCCGCCGCGGCG